UAACCUCUGGACCAGGGGACGUAAUCCUGUAUCCAAGAAAUUUUUCUAAUGGCGUAACCCUACUUGUAUGGUGGUAUGCGACUUAUUUUUACACGCGGACGUGAGCAUCUUCAACGAUUGUGAUGUAAUGUGUACUGCUGAUUACAAGCUGUCGCUUUUCCCAUGUGAAUACAAAGAGCAGACAUGAAGGUGGUGUGUGUGGUCAGUGAGAAUGGCGAAGUGAAGGGUCCUGCCAUCAGCAGCGAGCUGAUCAUUGCCAGGGACAAAGCCUUCCGGGAGCUGCAAAAUGUCGUCAAAGAGGUCAACGGGACCCUGGAGAUUGUCCCCUUCCAGAAGCUGGACUUUGGGGAGACGGAGGUUCUGGACACGUUCUACAACGCCGAGGUGUCGGUGGUGGACAUGUCGGUGUCGCUGCAGCAGGCUCCGCUCUUCUACCACAUCGGCAUCCGCCAGUCCAUGGGCAUGAAGCACAACAUCGUCACCAUCUUUGACUCGGACCCGGAGAUGUCUAUGAGUCUACGGAUGUCCUGUGCCUCUGGCAUCCUGUUCCUGCCGUAUCAGAUUGACGGCAACGGUAUGUGUGUGGUCAGUGAUCCCGGGGCAGCCCGCAUGUCGGAGCUGUGCGUCGUCCACCCUGAGACCAUCUCCCUGGGCCGGAAGCUCAAGGUCAUGUUUGAUGACAUGGACGAGGACAACUUGCUCUGCUCGGGAUGCGUCGGCGUCUGGACGACCCCCAACUGCUCACAGUUGACACCGUCCUCAACAUGAUGAUCUCCUUCAGGGAAGUGCAGGACUACAAGGCCAUGGUGAAGCUGGUGGAGGACGUGAGUAGCUUCCCCUUCAUCAAGAUAGACGGGAACCAGGGCAUACAGAACCUGUAUGCUUUUGCCUUAAACAGAAAUGGAAACAGAGAGAAAGCGUUGAGUGUUAUUUUGAAGGCCAUAGAGAAGUCGGAGAGCCCGGUCCCCGACAUGAUCUGCCUGUGUGGCCGCAUCUACAAGGACAAGUUUGUGGACUCGGACUACACCGACGAUGCAGCCCUGCACAACGCCAUCAGCUGGUACCGCAAAGGUUUUGAAGUGCAGCCUAACGAGUACGCGGGCAUCAACCUGGCCACGUUGCUCGUCAUCUCAGGGAAAGAUUUCUCCAGCUGCUCUGAACUGCAGAGAAUUGGAAUCACGCUGAACAACCUGAUCGGCAAGAAGGGCAGCCUGUCCUCCCUGACCAACUACUGGGACGUGGCCACCUUCUUCGAGAUCAGCGUUCUGGCCGAGGACUACAGCAAGGCCGUGCAGGCUGCCGACUGCAUGUACCGCCUCGAGCCUCCUGAGUGGUAUCUGAAGUCAACUGUGGGGAACAUCACGCUGAUCAGCCGAUUCAGGAAGAGCAGCGUCAAGGUUCUCUCCUCCAAAGACAGCCAGCUGUUCACCUUCUGGAUGGAUUUCUUCAUCGAGGUGUCCAAGCCGUUGUCGGAGCUGACCAGCAGCCAGUUCCCUGUUUUGCUGCUGGAACCAAACCGGGAGUUUAUUCCCAGUUACAUCCAAGUGAAUGCAGAAAUCCAAGAGAAGAACGUGCGCCUGUGGCAUGUGUGGCAGGACAAGCGGGACCACCGACCGUCCGACUGGACCUUCCCGGCCGACACCAUCAAGCGAGUCAGCUUGUACAAGCGCGACGCGCGGGCCAUCUUCCUGUACGUGCAGGACAUCUCAGACGACGACUACCACAUCUUCUUCUCCUCCGAGUCUCAGGCGCAAAGGUUUUACUCCAUGAUGAGUGAGCUGGCUACUAGUCCGGACAUUCUCAUUGACGAGGACGACAUAGAUGAUGUUGUAGAUUAUGCCUACGAUUUUGACGAGAAGGGCAACCGGAUCCUGUUGGGUCGUGGCACGUACGGCGCGGUGUAUGCUGCGCGCGACAAGAAGACACAGGUCAAAGUGGCGGUCAAGGAAGUGCCAGAGAAAUACCAGCAAGAGGUACAGCCCCUGCAUGAGGAGAUCAAGCUCCACAUGCGUCUCAACCACAAGAACAUCGUCAGAUACCUGGGAUCGGUCAGCGAGGAGGGCUUUUUCAAGAUCUUCAUGGAGCAGGUCCCAGGAGGAAGCCUGUCUCAGUUACUGAGAUCCAAAUGGGGGCCUUUGAAAGAAAAUGAAGCUACGAUUGCUUUCUACACCAAGCAGAUUUUGGAUGGCCUCAAAUAUCUGCACGACAACAAGAUCGUCCACCGCGACAUCAAGGGAGACAACGUGCUGGUGAACACGUACAGCGGGGUCCUCAAGAUCUCCGACUUCGGCACCUCCAAGCGUCUGUCGGGCAUCAACCCAUGCGCAGACACGUUUGCCGGAACCAUUCAGUACAUGGCCCCCGAGGUGAUAGACAAGGGGACGCGAGGCUACGGCCCGCCGGCUGACAUCUGGUCCCUGGGCUGUACUGUGAUAGAGAUGGCUACGGGCAAGCCUCCUUUCAUUGAGCUGGGCUCCCCCGAGGCAGCCAUGUUCAAGGUCGGCUACUUCAAGAUGCACCCGCAGAUUCCAGAAAACAUGUCCGAGAAAGCCAAAGAAUUUCUGCUGAGAUGUUUUGAACCAGAUCCCAACAAUCGUGCCACAUCCCAGGAGCUGAUGGAGCAUCCCUUUAUCCUUGAAAAUGUCGGUGCUCGCCGAAAGCGACGCAAGGUGAAGGAGGAAACCCAUGAGCAUCACGACUACCUGCGCAGUGUGUCAGAGCCGAUGGGACGAGGGAAAAAUAAGAACGAAGAUCUCAAACUGCGAAUUCCUCGCAUCACAAGGCUCAAAACGGAAGCUUUCGGCAGCCAGGAGAACCUGUCAGACGACCUGGACACCAUAGACGAGGGGCGCAACUAUUUAUGCCUCACCCCAGCCAGCAGCGUCACCGAGCUCAGUGUCAUGGAGGACCAGCCCAGUGACGACUUCCGGCGGAGAAGUCUGUCCGACAGCCAGGCCCGGCCGUCUCGCAGAAGAUUUUAUCUCAGCUCUCCACCACAAAAUUGUCGCACUCCAAGCUCGGAGUCUAACAUGUCCACAGACACCAGCCCUGUACAGACCUACCUCCUGUCUCCAGACAUCGAGUCCCACGAGAGCUCUUUCUCCAAGGAGGGCGGCUUCUACAUGCUCCGCAAGGACUCGGAGCGACGGCAGACGCUUGUGCACAUUCUGGACCAGGACUCCGACAAGAUCUGCGCCAACUGGCUGGACAUGCUGCACCGAGACGCCACCAUCUCCAGCCCAAAGCUCACAGCGGAACACCUGAUGUGUCUGCUGGUGGGGAUCAAGUCUUACAUCCUGGACCAGUCCACCAUGUCCAUCAAAGAAGCAAUAGGUGGGAGGUGUGGAGCAGAUAUCGGAAAUCAUGACAACCUGCGGGAAUACGUCCAGUUUGACGCGUCUGCUCUGAUGGAGAUACAGCUGGCCCUCUACGUCUUUCAGGACGCGGUAAGCAUGAACCUACGGGCCCACAGCAUCAAACCACACUGGAUGUUUGCCCUGGACAACUUACUGAGGGGAGCCGUGCAAGUGGCCAUCACCAUACUCUCUCCAGAGCUGGGUGCGAACCUCCGCGGGGAGGACACUCGAGGGGAAGAGGAAGUGGCCACGUCGGGCGUGUCCUCGGCCAACUCGGGCAAGGCUCACAGCUACUACAAGCAGGCCAGCGCCGACAUGGUGGCACAGGUCUCGCAGCUGCAGGACGAAAACCUCAAAGUCUUGCAGGAAUUGGUGGAGGCACAGCGUCAAUACCAGUUAUUGCUCCAGCAAACUCUACAGGAGAAGAAGAUGUCCUUGUUACAGCUCAGAGUAAUUCUCACUGGUGAGGGAAGCGCUGGAACUUCACGAGAGACCUCACCCGCAUUAGACCAAAGCAGCAGCAGUAUUGAAGUCCCAGGGAAGGCGGUGAGAGACCAGGCCUUGAUAGACUGGAUGAAAUCGCUCAACUUUGACGAGGAAUCCAUCCAGAAGGUGUGUGAGGAAGAGUACACUCUGAACGACCUUCUGGAACUGGUCACCUGGGAAGACAUACGACAACUUCACAUACGAGGCGGCCUUCGCUGUCGCUUGUGGCGAGCCAUCCUGGAUCACAGAACCAAAGACUUGGACCACGGCUAGAACGGGGAGGUGGGGGAAAGCUCCCUCCGUACAUAGCUGGCUGGACACUUCAUUGUACAGGGACUCUCACCCUCUGCCUUAUCUCACCCCGCACCAUGGACUCUCUUGACCCCCAAGUGACCACGCAAAUAACUUCCAAUGACACAAGUGAUUUCUCCCACACAGUGAUUUCCCCCACACAGUGAUUUCCUCCACACAGUGAUUCUCCUCUCUCCCCC